AUGAGCGAAGAAACGUUAACAAACCAUGAAAGUAUAAUUAAGAAACCAGACAAGCAGCCUAACAUUCACGCAAUUCAAAAUCAAAAGGAAAACGCGCACCAAAAACUAUUUAAAAAGUUCAAAUGCCCAUCAUUGGCCGUCUCUGGUGCGAGAAAGGAGCUGCAGCUUCGCAAACGUCGUCGAGUUAAUUACACAGAAGUCGAUGUCGAUGCAGCCGUCGACUCGACGAAAGAUGGCACAUAUGUGAUGGAAGAACGGCAAGGGCUCGCUACUUUGAAGGAAAUGAACAAAAUCAUACUUAGUAAGCAGCCGAAAGACCCUGCACUUGUUAUUAAGAAAAAGUUUACGAUACCAAAACCGGCAAAAGGACACGAAGACUUGGUUCGUUAUUGUCACAAUCGGCCGCCUCCCUCUUUGGGUAUGAAAAAGCGUAUAGAUUUUGUACCUAGGCCGCUGUACGAUCCUGCUGACGAGUUUGCAAUUGUGCUAUACGAUCCUACAACCGACGCAAACGAAGAGAUUCCCGACUUGCAUCAAGAGUUACUGAAGAAAAAAGAAGAGGAAAACGCAAAACGAAAGAAAAGGAAGCAUAGCCGUGUGGAGCCCGAAGUGGAAGAAGAGGCGACACAUGCUCCUGAGGAAGGCAACGCUGAAUCGGUGUCGACGGAAGCAGACGCUUCCAAAGCUGCGGCGGACGACAAAUCCUCACUUCGACGGAAAAAUCGCAGCCUACGCGAUUUACUCGGCAUCACGAAAGAGAAGCCUCCUCCUCCGCCAGUGGCCGUGGUGAUUGACCCCAGACUUGCGCGCAUUCUUCGUCCCCAUCAAAUUGAAGGUGUCAAGUUCCUGUAUAAAUGUGUCACCGGCAGAAUUGACAAGGUCGCAAACGGAUGCAUUAUGGCUGACGAAAUGGGUUUGGGCAAAACAUUGCAGUGCAUCGCUCUUUUGUGGACCCUUUUAAAGCAAUCUCCUUUAGGCGGAAAACCCACCAUCGAGAAGGCCAUCAUUACAUGCCCAUCAUCACUCGUUAAAAACUGGGCGAAUGAGUUAGUGAAAUGGUUGGGGAAGGAUGCCGUUACUCCUUUCAUCGUGGAUGGAAAAAGCACAAAGCAGGAGCUGAUAGAAGCUCUUCUGCAAUGGGCACACGUCCGGGGCCGACAGAUUACGAGACCCGUGUUAAUUGUGAGUUACGAGACACUCCGAAGCUAUGUGGAGUACCUAAAAGGUGCUGAGGUUGGUUUGCUGCUUUGCGACGAAGGCCAUCGGCUGAAGAACAGUGAAUCACUGACUUUUACGGCGCUCAACAGCUUGGACGUCCGGCGUCGAGUCAUUCUUUCGGGAACACCCAUUCAAAAUGAUCUGAGUGAGUACUUUUCGUUGCUGAAUUUUGCGAAUCCAGGCUUGUUAGGCUCUCGACAAGACUUUCGCAAGAACUACGAAAUCCCCAUUCUGCGUGGCCGAGACGCAGAUGGUUCGGAGAAGGACAAGGAGCUGGGUGAUGCAAAGCUCGCCGAGCUGUCAAGCAUUGUGAACCGCUUCAUCAUUCGGCGUACGAACGAUAUCCUGUCCAAAUACCUGCCCGUCAAGUAUGAGCAUGUUGUUUUCUGCAACCUCUCAGAAUUUCAGACGGCGCUGUACAGUUACUUUAUUACUUCACCAGAAAUCCGAAAAAUCUUGCGCGGUGCAGGCAGUCAGCCUCUGAAAGCCAUUGGCAUUCUUAAGAAAUUAUGCAACCAUCCCGACUUGUUGCACAUUACAGAGGACUUUGAAGGAUGCGAGAAGCUGUUUCCUCAGGGAUUUGUGCCGAAGGAACACCGGGGUCGCGAUCGACACGUGGAUUCAUCGUUGUCGGGUAAAAUGCUUGUGCUGGAGCGAAUGCUGUAUCGCAUCAAAAAAGAGACAGACGACAAGAUUGUUCUCAUUAGCAACUACACGUCUACGCUAGACCUGUUUGAGCAGGUAUGCCGAACACGCGGUUACAAGGCACUGCGCUUGGACGGAACGAUGAACGUAUCCAAGCGUCAACGGCUGGUGGACGAGUUUAACGAUCCGGAAAAGGACGCGUUUGUGUUUUUGUUGUCGUCGAAAGCCGGUGGAUGUGGUAUCAAUCUCAUUGGCGCCAACCGGCUAAUUCUGUUUGAUCCCGACUGGAAUCCAGCGGCCGAUCAGCAGGCACUGGCUCGUGUUUGGCGUGAUGGCCAGAAGAAGGAUUGCUUUGUGUAUCGGUUUAUCGCUACGGGAACCAUUGAGGAAAAGAUCUUCCAGCGACAAUCACACAAGCAGUCGCUGUCAUCGUGUGUUGUCGACGAAGCGCAGGAUGUCGAGCGGCAUUUCUCGCUGGACAAUCUGCGCCAGCUGUUCCAGUACAACCCGAACACCGUCUGCGACACCCACGAGACGUACAAGUGUCGGCGGUGCAAGAAUGGACGCCAGUUUAUUUCGAGGCGCCUGCGUUACUGUACGGGGCGACACGAGCACAUGGAACCAUUUUUACGAAUCCCCAUUUGGACAAGAUCGAGGACCCCAUUUACUCAAGCAGGAAGUGUGGAAAGAAGGGAGGUGAGUAUGGUAUUCCAGUUUACAAGUCGCAUUUAG